UGUUCACACUUCUGAGUAGCUUUGAAUCCAUAUAGGAUAUAGCAUCCAAAAAGUAGACGAGAGAACUAGUUUUCAAUCCCUAUCCUUUCAGUUCAUAAUUCAAUCUCCAUCCUUUCAGCCAUGAAUCCAUGAUUGGAGCAAAUCGAAAAAGCAGAGAACAAAAACUCAAAUGAACAGAAAAGUGAUGGCGUCAACUCUCAAACUCGUCAAAAUUAGGCUCUUCUUUUAUCUCUCUGUUCUCUGCUUCUAUUCACCGGCGGAUGCGAGUAAUUUCUUCCCAAAAAAAUCACAUCCCACCGAAUCAGGUUACCUUCCUAUCAAUUCAACGACCAGUUCCGCCAUUUUCUUUGUCUUCUAUGAAGCCCAAACACCAGUUUGUCGUUUAUCUGAAACACCACUCCUCGUUUGGCUUCAAGGAGGCCCCGGUUGCUCCUCCCAGCUUGGCAACUUCUUUGAGCUCGGCCCUUGGCGUUUGCAUUACAAAACAAAUUCCAGCAAAAACCCAGUUGUGGAGCCCAAUCCAGGUGCUUGGAAUCGCAAAUUUGGUCUUCUUUUCCUUGAUAACCCUAUUGGGAGUGGAUUCAGCAUCGCUUCCUCUCCGGCGGAGAUUCCGAAAAACCAGUACACCGUUGCCAAACACCUUAUCUAUGCCCUCAAAUCGUUUAUCUCCUCCGACCCAUUGUUCAAAUCCCGCCCACUUUACAUCACCGGUGAAAGCUAUGCCGGAAAAUACGUGCCGGCGGUUGGGUACUACAUUAUGCAACAAUGCUCCGAGCUGAACUUCAAGGGAGUUGCAAUAGGGAAUGGGUUGACCCACCCGGUCACUCAGGUGGCGACUCAUGCCGCCACGGCGUAUUAUUCGGGCUUGAUUAAUGAGAAACAAAGGACCCAGCUCGAGGAAAUUCAAGCUCUGGCUGUGAAGUUGACCCAAGAGGCUAAAUGGAAGGAAGCAACGGAUGCACGUAAUAGGGUCUUGGAUUGGUUACGGAAUGCAACAGGGUUGGCUACCCUUUACGAUUUCAGGCGGAAGACUCCUUAUCAAACAAAUAUUGUUGCUGAAUUCCUGAACAAGGAUAAGGUAAAGACAGUUUUGGGCGUAGAGAAAUCGAUGGUUUGGGUGGAAUGCAGUGUUGCGGUUCGGGAUGCUCUGCAGGCAGAUGUGAUGAAGAGUGUGAAGUUCAUGGUGGAGGAAUUGGUGAAGAAAAGUAAGGUCUUGCUGUACCAAGGACAAUUUGAUUUGAGAGAUGGAGUGGUUUCAACGGAAGCGUGGGUGAAAGAAAUGAACUGGGAGGGACUUGAGAGUUUUCUAAUGGCUGAACGGAAUAUCUGGAGAGUGAAUGGAGAGCUUGCUGGAUAUGUGCAAAAAUGGGGAAACUUGAGCGAAGUGGUUGUUUCAGGGGCUGGACACCUUGUCCCUGCAGACCAGGCAGUAAAUUCUCAGGCAAUGAUUGAAGACUGGGUUCUGGAAAGAGGACUGUUUCAAGAUGAGAAAAGGAGCAAUUCAUCAUCGAAUUUCAGGGGCUAUCCUUGAGUUCCCUCAUAUUCUAAACGAUACAAAGAAUCAAAUCACAGGGUGGUAUUAUCCUUAUUUUGGAGAUUACUGUUUAUGUUUACCAUAUACUAAGAUUUACAAUGUCUGAUAGAUUGAUCUUUAAUUCUAUUCAGUUCAUACAUUUCUGGUUAACACAGACAACUCAAA